CCAGCACCCAUGUGGCGGAGCUGGUCUAAUACAUCUCCCGGUUGUUAUUAUCGAAAAACCGGUUCAGGCAGGAGCAGUUUUCGCAUUAACAAUGUAUCUGUCAAGUUCCAAUCAUUAUGAAAACAAAGUAUCUAUUUUCCCAGAUGCUGCGUUUAAUUUGUGCUACAAUUUCCCCAACAUGCAAUUUACUAGAUGUCACCUUGUUCAUGUGAAAAUUAACUUCGUUAACAAGACUUAAGGCGCAAUAGGCAUGUUGGGGAUCACUUCAGUAUCCCAAAUUUUAAUUUUGUAAAUGGUGAGUGUUUAUUCGCACACAAUAUGCAUAUAUGUCUCUCACGACUUACCUCAAAACCCUUCAGAACUGGCAAAGGCACAGGGUAGCCCGACCAGAGGUAAACUAUUUCCCCGUUACGUCUAUCUGCACAUAGUUUCCACUGUCGACUAGCCGCGCGGUUAUGCUGUGUGUGUGCGCGUGUCAGCAGGAUGGGCACUUCCCUUGGUGUGUGUGAGUUGCGCACCACCCGGACCAGUGAAAACAGCUUUGAACCGGUUUAUAUUCCUACCGGCGAUUCUGCGCUGAGCGGAUGCGAGGGUUCAAAGCAUCCCGAAGACAGCACGGCAUCCUAAUAAUAGCAGGAACACCCGGGGACUCGAUGUAAUGCCGAGCAAUGAUAUUUAUGUUGGUAGUUUUCAUUCCUCCGUCAGUGUGGCCAGAUAACGUUAAUGGCAACUCAUUGCAUUCGAUGCACGCAUUUAUCUGCACAGGUGCCUACAGAUCAUUUUGAGAUCCCCUCCUCAAGACCAACUCAGUGUAAGAAGUAUGGGUGGUGUUACAGCAGAGAAGGCCCUGGAUGGAGGUUGGGGAUGGGUGAUUGUGGCCAGCACCUUCAUGGCGCAGUUCCUGGCCUUUGGCUCGCCGCAGUCGGUUGGGGUGUUGUACCCUGAGUGGCUGAGCACCUACCAGGAGGGGAAAGGGAUGACCGCCUGGGUCGGUUCCAUGGUGUCAGGAGUCGCACUGCUCACGAGUCCCGUCUGCAGUGCGUGCGUGGAGAACUUUGGCGCCCGUCCCGUGACCAUCUUCAGUGGUGUGAUGGUGGCGGGAGGCAUGAUGCUGAGUGCCUUCGCCCCCAGCAUCUCCUUCCUCAUCUUCUCCUACGGGGUCGUAGUCGGUCUGGGCGCUGGCCUCGUUUAUGCUGCUUCCCUUACCAUCACCUGUCAAUAUUUUGACAAGAGACGUGGUCUUGCUCUGGGCAUUGUCACCACAGGCACGAGCGUGGGCGGCUUCCUGUACGCCACGCUGCAGAACGAGCUGAUCGCCCACUACGGCCUGGACGGCUGCCUGCUCAUCAUCGGCGCCCUCUCGCUGAACCUGAUGGCGUGCGCGGGCCCCAUGAGGCCGCUGUACCUGCCGGGCUACUACCUGAAGCAGCGGGCAGUGCUGAAACAGCACGAGGAGGAGCCGCCGCUCUACGAGAAGCCCACCACGCUCAUCGUGCCCCCCUCCGAGAAGGCCGUCCUCGCCAGCAGCGACCUUCAGACCACAUCCGGCUCGGCCGAGAAGAGCGCCGCCGUCGAAGUCACCAAGGAGCUCCUCAUGGCCAUGGACACCAAGGUGGUGCUGGACUACGAGGCCGAGGCCGAGCGGUCGCGCGGCGGCAUCGGCGGGAUCCUGUCGUGCGCGGCCGUGGCGCGCGUCGUCAAGCGCAAGCUGCGCCCCUACGGGAAGUACAUGCACGAGACGGCGGAGAUCCUGCACGGCCGCGUCUUCGCCACGCUCUGCGUGGCCAUGUUCCUGUUCGCGCUGGGCGCCUUCCCGCCCGUGCUCUUCAUGGAGGACGUGGCCAUCAGCGAGGGCCUCAUCGACAGCGUCAGUGACAUCCCGCUGGUCUCCAUCGUCGCCAUCACCACCGGCGCCGGCAAGCUGCUCCUGGGCGUCCUGGCCGACCUGCCGUGGAUCAACAGCGUGUAUCUGUACGCUUUCACGCUGCUGGGCGCUGGCAUCGCGCUGCUGCUCAUCCCCGUAUGCCACAGCUACGUGGGGCUGCAGGUGCUGUCCGCCAUGGUGGGCAUCUUCUCAGGGAACUGGUCACUCACCCCCUACAUUACCACCAAGAUCGUGGGGCUGGACCGGCUGAGUCAGGCCCAUGGCAUCCUCAUGUGCUUUGGAGGGUUUGGCGUGGUGCUGGGGCCCCCUGUCGUCGGAUGGUUUUUCGACUGGACCCAGUCAUACGACCUGGCCUUCUACUUCAGCGGGAGUUGCGUGAUUCUGGGCGGGCUCUUCCUGUUCAUGGCCACACUGCCCUGCUGGGAUACUAGAGAGGCCAGGCAAUCUGCCAAUCAACCAGCCAGCCAAUCAGAAGAGGAGCCGGCGCCCCAAUGCAACGGAGACUCCUCCAUUGUGUAAUGGGCAUCGCAUCCCAUACACCCGAGCCACUCUUGUCCCCCACCCCCACCCCCCCUCGCUCACCCCUGCCCGUGCCAAGAAAGAACUGUCCCUCUCGGCCAGUCUCCUACAGAUUUCAACAUAAUCAAACCCAUAGGGUCACUUUAACUCUGGUGCCAGUUUUCACACGAACCUUAAGCAACUGCUCUCACAAUGAAUAGCCUUUCUAUCUCUUUGAAUGUAUUUUUUUUUCUACUCCAGAUUGCUCUACUUUGAGAGAAACGAAGACAAAUGUUUUCCUUUAUCUUCUGCAGACUUGAUUAUGGCCUCAUUUUAGGAGGCUUGGAUUAAAAAAAAGAAAUUUUUAUUUUUUUGAUGAAAACUUACUACUAAUAUAGAUUGUGUUUACCGAAUAGACGUGGUAAUUGUUAACCAUUUCACGUAAUCUGUGAAAUGGUUAUUUGCUUUUUGAUAGAACUUACCAAGCACGAUGCAAAAAAGAGAAGUCUGUAGUAGUAGGUGACAUUACAGACUGUUUGGAACGACAAUAAGCACCUCACCUGUGUGUAAACUGUAGACCCUCUGUACACUGUGUCAUAUAGUCGAAACCAAGUGAAUAUCCAACUUCACGUUCCCCAGGAGGACACCUGUCAAGCGGGGGACGACAGCAGCCAGUUGGAGUUGUGGAGGGAAUGCACUUAAACUUACCUCUCCUUCACCUUCUCCUGAAGACGCACAAUUCCUUUUUCGACAUUCACCUCUAAUGCCUUUCUGUCUAGACACACUCUCGCUUUUGCCUCUCGUCUCCUGCCUCCUGCUCCGUGUAAUGCCAAAGCCAUAGGGGCCUAGGGUAGGCCUCUUGGUCAUAGUACAUUCUCGGACUGCCUGAUUAGGUGAACCUGACUUGUUAAUUUGUAUGAGAAGAGUUAAUUUGCAAAAACAGAUAUCUCGGUGUAUUUUUCGAAAACAUUACUUUUUUUUUUUAUUGUGCAUUCCAUAUAGUAUCAAUCAAAACUGCAGUUGGUUGUUUUGAUUUAAUUCUAAAUAAAUCCACUCAAAACAACCCAAUUGCUGUUUGAUUGAUGAUCAAAUUCACAAUUAAUAAAAAGAAAUCAUUCAGGAAAAUGCAUUAAAUUGCUUACUGCAGUUGGUUGUUUUGAUUUAAUUCUAAAUAAAUCCACUCAAAACAACCCAAUUGCUGUUUGAUUGAUGAUCAAAUUCACAAUUAAUAAAAAGAAAUCAUUCAGGAAAAUGCAUUAAAUUGCUUAUCUGCUUUUGCAAAUUAACUUUUCAUUCGUCUCUUUGCAGUCUCCACAUGCGACUUCAGACUAUGUCCCUCCCUAUGUUUCUGUUAGGGAUCAUACACUAAAUAAUGUACGUUGUACAAUACAACAAAGAUGAAGAAGAAGGGAGAUGCACUCUCCUUGCAAUUUAGCCCUCGAAAAUGCUGUUUUAUAUGUUGUUGUUUUUUUUAAAAUAAUUCCUCAACUAUGUCAGAAUAUGUCCAGAGGUUUUGUGUUUGUUUUUUAUUAUUAUGCACUGAAGUAGUUAAUUGAAAUGCACAGUAGUAGAAUAUGAUCUUUUUGUUGUGUUGUUUCGACACAAGAGAGUGUUGUCAUGGUAAUGAUUUAGUGACGCUUCACACCGCUGCCUUGCUCGACCUGUGUUACUAGAAGGAAGCUGUCAAGCAGUUGUAGUCUUCUGGGUGAUCACAUGACAUGUUUGUAGUCUUCUGGGUGAUCACAUGACAUGUUUGUGUUUACCAAAGCCACCACUCUGGGAUACUCUGGGAGAGUGUUGUCAUGGUAAUGGAUACUCCCCGACGUGAUUGUUUUUGUUUUUAUUAUUUUUAUUGUUUUUAUUUUUUAUUUUCAUUUUUGUUUUUAUUUACAGGGUGAAGAUUGUAAAUGUGAGACCCAAAACACAGCAAUGCUGUUUUCAUAUGCUGUCUUAUUUUUAAAUGAUUUGUAUUUUAACCUUCUUUAUUUCGUAGUGUCAGUGUUACAAUAUUUAUGUUUGCUAUGUUCAGUUAUUUUUAUUUUAUAUAUAAGCAUGAUUCAAUAAUAAAAUAUGAAUUGAUACAAA